AUGAAGGAACUCAUUGAGGACAUGCUGAAGGAUGACGUCAUCGAACCUUCUAUUACUGCAUGGGCCUCACCUGUAGUCCUGAUUCCCAAAAGAGAAGGAAACCAAGACCUAAAUAGUGGCUACUGGCAAGUAGAGAUGGAUCCAGAGAAUGCCCCUGCCACCUUCCAAAGGCUCAUGGAGAGAGCACUGGGAGAGUUGAAGGGAGUCAUCUGUUUUGUCUACUUGGAUGACAUCAUCAUCUUCUCGUCAUCCUGGGAACAACAUUCAUAUGAGGUCCAGGCUGUCCUGGACAAACUCCAGAACGCAGGUCACACGUCACAGGUCAUACGUCACAGGUCAUACGUCACAGGUCACACGUCACAGGUCAUACGUCACAGGUCACACGUCACACGUCACUGUUCUCAGACUAACAGACUGAAAUUCUUCAAACGUCUGUCAGGUACGAGGAGUCUGGAGGGAGGAGGGAGACCUCCAACCGGUCUCUUACCUCGAUUUGGACACAACCUGCUGGAGGAGGCCAGGACUGAGAUCCGUAACCUAGAGAAUGUGAUUGAGCUCCAGCGGAGCCACAUGGAAGAGAUGGACGGAGCCAACGAGCUGCUGAGAGACGAGCUGAGGAAGAAGGAGGCCGACUACGAGGAAAGACUGCUGCAGAUCCGACAGCAGCAGACCCACAAACUGAGGUCAGAACCCACAAACUGAGGUCAGAACCCACAUACUGAGGUCAGAAUCCACAAACUGAGGUCAGAAUCCACAAACUGAGG